AUGCUUCCAACGCCGUCAACCUCCCAUAUCGACCCAUCCCGGAUCUACGAACCCGCCGAAGACUCCUAUCUACUGCUCGAUACGCUCUCAUCGAGUAGCGAGACGGCUUUCAUGCAGCAGAGAUUCCCGCCGAAGACGCCUUGUCCACUGGUCCUGGAAGUUGGGACAGGGUCAGGGGUCGUGGUCGCGUUUGUCAACGCCCACGCGAAGCACAUCUUUGGCCGGACUGACGUGGCAACGUUGGGCACAGAUGUCAAUUCGUUUGCAUGCAAAGGAGCCGCUCAGACGGUGAAUUUGGCGGCAACUGAGUCGGGCAAUGCGGGUGUUCUUCUGGAUGUCGUUUUGGGAGAUCUUGCAAGCUCUCUCAAUCCUGGCAGUGUGGACGUACUGAUCUUCAAUCCACCUUACGUUCCAACAGAGGAGCUGCCAUCACAGCCAGUGAGUGUUGCCGAUGAGCAAGAUCUCGACAGAAACGCACAAUUCGAACGAGACUCGCAUCUACUGUCUUUAUCCUAUGCCGGGGGUGUGGAUGGCAUGGAAACGACCAACAGAUUGCUCGGCCAAAUUCCGCAAGUCUUGAGCCUAAGAGGCGUCGCAUACGUCCUGCUGUGCAAGCAGAACAAGCCGAGGGAAGUCGUCGAGCAGAUCCAAGCUUGGCCAGGAAGUUGGAAUGCCGAGAUCGUGGGCUCGAGUGGGAAACAGGCCGGGUGGGAGAAGUUGUGCGUGGUGAGAAUCUGGCGGGUAUCGUGA